CGGAGGCUAUAAUAAGCAGCAAGUUCCAGUGGACGACAGUGGCUCGGACGCACAGAGCAGCACAGUCGUGUGAAUGGACCAGGGACACAGAGGGGCCUCUGUUACCUAACUAAACCCAGAAAAAAUACAGCAGCCAGUCCCGCUGAAGGAUAAGCUCCUUGUACACGCUAAAAUGGCCCUGCCCUCAGUGAUGACAUUGCCCCUGCUGAUAGUGGUGGCAGCAGGGGUGUACUACAUCUACAAUGAGGUCAUGCAGUUCAUGUCUAAGUCUCUGGUGCGAAACAAAGUGGUGGUGAUCACUGAUGCUGUGUCUGGUGUGGGAACUGCAUGUGCCCACCUCUUCCAUAAGGGCGGUGCCAGACUGAUCCUGUGUGGGGCCAACUGGGAUAAGCUGGAGUCUCUGUAUGACUCCCUGACUACUGACGCUGACCCCAAAGAGACGUUUGCCCCAAAGUUGGUGAUCCUGGACUUCAGUGACAUGGACAGCAUGGAGGACGUGGUGUCUGAGGUGAUAGAGUGUUACGGCUGUGUGGACGUGCUGAUCUGCAACAGCAGCGUGAAGCUGAAAGCCCCAGCUCAGAGUGUCUCUCUGGAACUAGACAGAAACAUCAUGGACGUCAACUACUUCGGACCGAGCACUCUGGCCAAAGGUGUUCUUCCAACAAUGGUCUCAAGACGAUCGGGACACAUUGUACUGGUCAACAGCAUCCAGGGCAGACUGGCUGUCCCAUUCAGAAGUUCAUAUGCGGCCUCUAAACAUGCGGCGCAGGCCUUCUUCGACUGCCUGCGGGCCGAGGUGGAGGAGUACGGCAUCUCUGUCAGCACCAUCAGUCACACCUUCAUCAACGCCUCCGAGCCGCCUCCCGCCAAGGAGCCCGCACCCAAACAAAACGCACUGGCUGCAUUCGUUGCCGGCCAGCUGACCCACGGCGUGCGCCCAUCAGUGCUGGCUAAUGAGAUCAUGCAAACGGUGAACAGGAAGAGGAAAGAGGUCGUGCUGGCCCACCCCAUCCCCAGGGUGGCCCUCUACCUCCGCUCCCUCUUCCCCCCUUUCCUCUUCGCCGUGCUGGCCGCCGGAGUGAAGGACUCGGUGCUGGCUGAGCAGUAGGAAAAAGGCAGGAUGAAAAGUAAAGAAGUAAAGAAAGAGAAAUGUGCAAUAAAGGAGGUUGUUUUGGAUUUGCCGGAUAUGUAAUUGUUGGUCUGGACCGUUUCAGGUUGUUUAGUAUUACGGGUUAAUAACAACCACCAAAAACACUUGAGUGUAAAUCGAAGCAAUAGAUGCCUUAAACUGAUUUUUGAAGAUCUAAAGCUGACAUGUUAGCAGAUAGUUGCCUUUACACAUUCAAGAGACGCAGAGCAAGAUUAACAUUACAUUAGAGCCAUGUCAAUACUGGCAUGUUACUCGUGCCUUGAUGAAGUAUCACGCCUAAUGUUUAAGUUGAGUUAAGUUGCACCUUGGCUUGAUUCGCGCUCUCAGGGCAAUCGAGACAAAGCGACUGAGACCAAGUUAAGACGUGCCAUCAGCUCUACUAAAUAUAGAUUUCAGGAAAUAAUCAAAUCAAACAUUGAGCAUAGGCAACCUAAGUGUGAAGCACCCUCUCUCUUAUUUGUUCUGUUUUGGUCUCCGCCAUCUGAAAAUGAUUUGGCUCCUUUUAUCAACUGGUUACUAACUUUCCUCUUUUAACUUUCCUCUUUUACUCUUUUAGGACAUACCACCACUGCUACUGCACUGUUAGGGACUCUUAUUAUUUUUAACUAUAUAAAUAUGUGCUCAGUCAAAUUACUCAAAUGGAUAGGGGGCCAUGUUUUAUUUUUGCCCUGGGCCCCUGUAGUCGGUUCGUCCAGCACUGGUUUGACAUGCCAGCUCUCAUACAACAUUAAAUAAAUUAAUAAAUAAAAUAUUAAAAUUCUAA